CCGAGAGAGGAAGGAGGCGUAGGCUGAGGAGGAAGAGGGAGGAGGGGCAGGGAAGUCCUGACGAAGAAGAGGCCCAGGACUCCAAAGGAGACAACAGGAGGGUGCGCUGGAGCUACCCCGCUGCCCAACGGCUGUUCCGGAUCCCUUACGGCGCAAGUCAGGCAGAGACGGAGGAAAGGAGGAAGAGACUUUUAUGUCGGCAGACAGAGAAGCUCUACCCGUCACCGUUGCCUCACAUCCGGGGCUUUGGGGGGCUGGACCCGCGGCCCCGCCCCCCCCCCCCUCGCCUUUCAUGGCGACCGGAGGCGGAGGCUGGAAGAGCUGGGCCUGGAGGAGGCCCCUUUAAAUCUCCUUAAAGGGGCGGCCACUGAACUCGGCAGAUUACAUCGGCAGCCUUAAAGGGGAAGCCAUCGAACAGAAGCUUGACAAAUUGAGAACUGUGCUGUUGGGAGAGCUGGAACGAGUGGGGAUUCUCACCGCCGUUUCUCUCUCACGCAAGAAGUCCUUUAAAAUCAGCUUAAAGGGGAAGUGGCCGCUUGUGGAGGACCAGAAACUUAACUCCCGGGCCCUUAAAGGGGCGGCCUGCUGUUUGGAGGACCCUGGACUCCUUAAAGGGGUGGCCUCUUUUAGCCGGAGGACUUGAGACACUUUUAAAGGGGAGGUCUACGUUUCGGGGCGAGCUUUCGGUCCCUUUUAAAGGGGUGGCCCUUCCUCUUCCUCGGGGAGACUUGUCUCGACCCCUGGCAGGGGGCGGCCACUGCACUAGGCCGGCUGGACACCAUCGGGUCGUCUUAAAGGGGUCAGGGGCUGGACAACUUGAGGCCUCGCCUUAAAGGGACGGCCGCCCCGUUUUCGGCGUCUCGGCCCCGGCGGCCCCACAGGGGGGGCCCUCGGGCUUGUCGCCCCGGGGGCGGCGCCGGCUCCCCGGGCCUUGGCCUUGGGGCAAGCUCGGGGCCAGUAGAUCCUGCUUUAAAGGGGAAGCCGUGGCCUUUUCGUCCCUGUGCAGCCGCCAGCGCCGCGCCUGCGACCCCGGGCCUGCGGACAGGUCGCUUCGGGCCCCGCCGCCUCCGGAUGCGGCGCUGAGGGCGGUCGCCAUGGAGACGGCAGCGGCCGCGGCUCCGGGCCCGGGCUGGGCCGCUGAGGGGGAGCGGCGGCGGCGGCGCUGCUCGCGCCGAGACCGAGACCGGGAGCAGCGGCGCCGCCGAGGUCCCGGCGGCGACGCGCCCCGGGCCCUGUUGGCCGCCCCGCGCGGCUCCUCGUCGUCCUCGUCGCCGCCACCGCCGGCCAGGCCUUGGUCGUCAGCUUCGUCUGGAGAGCGGCCCGGAGGCCCGAGACGACGGCGGCCCCGUCCCAGGCCUCGGCCCCCGCGACCCCGAGCUCGGAAGCGGCCUGCCGGCUCGGGCAGCCGCGGGGAGGAAGAGGAGGAGGAGGAGGAGGGGGGCGCAGACGACGGGGAGGCCGAGGAGGAGCCUGAGGAGGAGGAAGAAGAAGAGGAGGACUUGAUCGAUGGCUUCGCCAUCGCCAGCUUCGCCAGCCUUGAGGCCUUGCAGAAGGAUGCAUCUCUUCAGCCUCCAGAGCGACUGGAACAUCGGCUGAAGCAUUCUGGGAAGCGGAAGAGGGGGGGCUCCAGUGGGGCCACUGGGGAGCCAGGGGACAGCUCUGAUCGGGAGCCUGGCCGGCCCUCUGGGGAUCGGGCCCGAAAAUGGCCCAAUAAACGGAGAAGGAAAGAGGCCUCCUCCCGUCAUUCUCUGGAAGCUGGAUACAUAUGCGACGCAGAAAGUGAUCUGGACGAGAGGGUCUCCGAUGAUGACCUCGAUCCAUCCUUUACUGUCUCAACCAGCAAAGCCUCGGGCCCCCACGGCGCCUUCAAUGGGAACUGUGAAGCAAAACUCUCCGUAGUCCCUAAAGUGUCGGGCCUGGAGCGGAGCCAGGAACAGCCCCCAGGGCCCGACCCGCUGCUAGUGCCUUUCCCCCCGAAGGAACCACCGCCUGCACCGGCCCCUCGGCCUCCUGUCUCACCCCCUGCACCCCUGCCGGCCACCCCCAGUCUGCCACCCCCACCCCAGCCCCAGCUGCAGCUUCGGGUCUCGCCCUUCGGCCUCCGCACUUCUCCCUAUGGCAGCAGCCUGGACCUCAGCACUGGCAGCUCUUCACGGCCGCCCCCCAAGGCCCCGGCCCCUCCCGUGGCUCAGCCUCCCCCCUCAUCAUCCUCUUCGUCCUCUUCCUCCUCAUCUGCCUCCUCCUCGUCCGCGCAGCUCACCCACCGGCCCCCGACGCCCUCACUGCCCCUGCCUUUGUCCACCCACAGCUUUCCCCCCCCUGGGCUGCGGCCCCCCCCACCGCCCCCCCACCCCUCCUUGUUCUCCCCUGGCCCCACCCUGCCCCCACCCCCACCCCUGCUGCAGGUGCCAGGGCACCCUGGGGCCUCAGCCGCUAACGCCCUUUCUGAGCAGGACCUGAUCGGCCAGGACCUGAACUCUCGCUACCUGAAUGCCCAGGGUGGCCCCGAGGUGGUGGGGGCAGGGGGCUCCGCCCGGCCCCUGGCCUUCCAGUUCCACCAGCACAACCACCAGCACCAGCACACCCACCAGCACACCCACCAGCACUUCACCCCUUAUCCCCCGGGCCUGCUGCCACCCCAUGGCCCCCACAUGUUUGAGAAAUAUCCAGGAAAGAUGGAAGGCCUUUUCCGGCAUAAUCCGUACACGGCCUUCCCUCCCGCAGUGCCCGGCCUCCCUCCGGGCCUCCCGCCGGCUGUCUCCUUUGGCUCCCUGCAGGGGGCCUUCCAGCCCAAGAGCACGAACCCCGAGCUGCCACCACGACUGGGGCCAGUGCCGAGCGGGCUUCCCCAAAAGGGGACACAGAUCCCCGACCAUUUCCGGCCACCUUUGAGGAAACCAGGGAAGUGGUGUGCCAUGCACGUGCGCGUGGCUUACAUGAUCCUGAGACACCAGGAAAAGAUGAAGGGCGACUCCCACAAGCUUGACUUUCGGAACGACCUCCUGCCCUGCCUUCCGGGGCCCUAUGGGGCCCUGCCCCCUGGGCAGGAGCUCUCCCACCCGGCCGCCUCCCUCUUCACUGCGACUGGUGCCGUCCACGCUGCAGCCAACCCUUUCACCGCAGCUCCCGGGGCCCACGGAACCUUUCUGAGCCCCAGCACCCACAUUGAUCCCUUUGGGCGUCCCACAAGCUUCGCCUCUUUGGCUGCCCUCUCCAACGGGGCCUUUGGAGGCCUGGGCAGCCCCACAUUCAACUCCGGCGCCGUCUUUGCCCAGAAAGAAAGCCCAGGGGCUCCACCAGCCUUCGCCUCCCCGCCAGACCCAUGGGGCCGCCUGCACCGCAGUCCUCUGGCCUUUCCUGCCUGGGUCCGGCCCCCUGAGGCCGCCCGGACUCCAGGCUCAGACAAGGAGCGGCCUGUGGAGCGGAGAGAGCCCUCUAUCACCAAGGAGGAGAAAGACAGGGACCUCCCCUUCUCACGGCCCCAGCUCCGAGUUUCUCCUGCUACUCCCAAGGCCAGGGCUGGCGAGGAAGGGGCCAGACCGGCCAAGGAAUCAGUGCGGGUAAAGGAAGAACGGAAGGAGGAGGCCGCCGCCGCCGCCGCUGCUGCCGCCGCCGCCGCCGCCGCCGCUGCCGCCGCUGCCGCCACCACCGGGCCUCAGGGCCUUCACCUACUGUUUGAGAGGCCCCGGCCACCCCCUUUUCUGGGCCCUAGUCCCCCAGAGCGCUGCGCUGGCUUUCUGGAGCCAACCUGGUUGGCAGGGCCCCCUCGCCUUGCUAGGCCACCCCGCUUCUAUGAGGCUGGCGAGGAGCUGACUGGACCAGGGGCUGUGGCUGCCGCCCGCCUCUACGGUCUGGAGCCUGCCCACCCCCUGCUAUACAGCCGCUUGGCCCCGCCACCGCCACCUGCUGCGGCCCCGGGAACCCCUCACCUUCUCAGCAAGACCCCCCCAGGAGCCCUUUUGGGGGCACCACCUCCACUUGUGCCCGCCCCCCGGCCUAGUUCCCCACCUAGGGCCCCUGGCCCAGCCCGGGCUGACAGGUGAGGGAAGGGGAGGGGCGGGGGCCAAGCUCCAUCCCCCUUUCCUUUUGACAAGGUCCUAGAGCUGAGGUUUCAAGCCAGGGCUAGAGGGCAGAGGUCAUGACCUCACCAGCCAUCUCUGAGGUCAUGGAACCUGGGAGCAGAAGCCCCAGCCCCCACAAGAUCAAGCAUCAGAUGGACCUUGGGGUCACUGGGAGGGCAGAGGUCACAAUCCUCUAGAGAGAGGGGUGUGUGUGUGAGUGUGUGUGUGCGCGCGUGUGUGUGUACAUGUGAGAGAUGAGAGUGGGGGUCAUUUCAGAGGUCAUAGCUCAUGAUCUCCUGAAGUACACCAUCGCCCCCUCUGAGGGCCCCUAGGCCCUUGGCCUGCCUCCCCAAGGGCUCACUAAGCCAGAGGCCAAAGUGCCCCCCCUCCCCUUCACCUACCACCCAAGUCCUCAUGCCCUCUCAGGGCUGGGGGAGGAGGGGCUGACGGAAGGGGGGUUCCAUGUACAUAUUUAUCUCCCCUUCCACAUAGCCCCCCAGACCUUUUGUACAUUUUUACAGGGGUGCCCCUCCCAAUAACCCCCCUUCCUGGUUAAUUAAAUCCUCAGACUGGUGCUGUGUUCCUAGCCUCUGGCCUCUCUGUGGGGGGAGGGGGGAUUGUAGAGGGAAGAGCUGGGAGGGGACAGGCAGGAACCCAGGGCUUAUCCCUGGAAAUAUGGAGUCAGCAGGAGACAGAGCAACAGGGGAAGGGACCUGGGUACCUAGGCUGGAAAGAAGGGCAAACGCUUCCUGCUUGGCUAACAGCCCAGGUCCCCCCCCCCCCAACUUGUUCCUGUUACCUCUGUGUGCCACCAUUCCCAAAAGGCUCAAAUCUCUAAGCUUCAGACUCCACCUCUUAGUGGCUCAGUCCCCCUACUCCAUUUCCAAGUGCCCCCAGGACUCCUGGGCCCUGCUCCCCAGAACCCUGUUCCCCAGAACCCUGCCCUAGGCUGGGGGGGUGGGGGGCAGAGAAGGUCACCAUGUACCACACACCAAAGAAGGGGGUCGGCCCGGGGGUGGGCCACACAGGCAGCUUCUUCAGCAGCCUCUCGGCAGCAGUCCCAGCCUUCCCAAAGCAGCAGGCGCCCCCAGGCUGGGGCCCAACCUAGAAGGCAGGGGUCAAUUUAACAAAAACAUAACGUUGACUUUUUUUCCCCGGUGGGGCUUAUUCUGUAACAUGACUUGCGGAUAUUUAUAUAAAAAUGAGUGUUACAAUGAGG